GCUUAGGCCGUGUUAUUGGUAUCCCUAUUGUUGAGUCGAGCAAUCGUGUAUAGUAAUAUCCAGCCUACACAGAUCAUUUACAGUGUAGCCUAGACUAGAACCUGACCAACAACUCUACGAAUAUACUGUCGAGAAACAGUGUAAGUGAUACUCCAAUUGAGAAGCUCUUUUAGCGUACAAGGAUAUAACUGUUCACAAUGCUGCGCCGUCAAUCGCGUUUGCGCAAAGAGUACCUUUACCGCAAAGCACUUGAGGACAAAGAGAAACAAACGGGUGAACGGAAACGCAGACUGAAAGAAGCCCUAGCCAAAGGAAAAAAGAUACCCAGCGAGCUGAAAGCCGAUGAAGCGGCACUAAGACAUGAGAUUGCUAUGGAUGAUGACAAGACGGCCAAUGUAAAGGAUCAUAUUGAUGACGAGUAUGCAUUCGCAGGGGUGAAGGAUCCCAAAAUUGUGGUUACUACUGCGAGAGAUCCUUCUAGUAAACUAUCGCAGUUUGCUAAAGAGAUUAAGCUGAUAUUCCCGAAUAGUCAGAGGCUGAACAGAGGUAAUCAUGUGGUGAAAGAGCUGGUGGAUACGUGUAAGAGUAGCGAUGUUACGGAUCUGAUUAUUCUGCACGAACAUAGAGGAGAACCAGGU